GGGAGGCCGCCGGCGCUUGUGCUGGCGGGUCCCCUCUGCCUCCAUCCAGGUUGCAACCUUGUUCCCCCUUCUCCAUACGUCUCCCUCACCUCGCGCAAAGAGGAUCCCGACGGUCGGACCCCGACCUGGCCCACAUGCAUCUCCCGGCCGGCAGCUGCUCGGCUCCCCGGCGUUAAUGUACAUCUCGGGUCCGACGAGACCAGCUCGCAGGGGCCUGUGUUGGAAGGAAAUCUAAGAUGAAGUUAUGGGAUGUUGUGGCUGUCUGUGUGGUGCUGCUCAACACGGUCUCCACCUUGCCCCUGCCGACUGGUAAGAUGCCUCCCAAGGGGUCCCCUUCAGUGGUAGAGGGGCCUGAAGACGAUCUCUCCCCCAUCAGCCUGCUGCAUCCCUAUGCUGUGCACAGUGACUCUAAUAUGCCAGAGGACUAUCCAGAUCAGUUUGAUGAGGUGGUGGACUUUAUCCAAGCCACCAUUAAAAGACUGAGGAGGUCGCCGGAUAAACAGACUCCGAUUUUUUCUAGGCGGGAGAGAAACCGGCAGAGUGCAGCCACAAACAUAGAGAAUUCCGGCAAAAAGGGAAGGAGGAAUCAAAAGGGCAAAAAUCGGGGAUGUGUCUUAACAGAAAUACACUUAAACGUGACUGACUUGGAUUUGGGAUAUGAAACCAAAGAAGAGCUAAUUUUCCGGUAUUGCAGUGGAUCUUGUGAUGCAGCCGAAACCACGUAUGACAAAAUUUUAAAAAACCUAACCAGAAAGAAAAAACUAGUCACUGACAAAGUGAGGCAAGCUUGUUGCAGACCCACAGCCUUUGAUGAUGACCUGUCUUUUUUGGACGACAACCUGGUUUACCACAUACUGAAAAAACAUUCCGCAAAAAGGUGUGGCUGCGUCUGAUGGCUGCAGGCCAGAGGCAGCUCCAGUUUUGCAUUCCUGCUAAGGAGAGGGACCAAGGUUCCUGGGGAUAUGUCUGCUCAGAGUGGAGAAAAAAGGACCAAGAAUGCAGCAUGAGGGGUCAUGAGAACCUGGGGUGCAUGAGGUGGCAUAGGAGGAUGGAGGCUUUUGACGUCCUGCGGGAAAGUAUGUAAAAUCUCAGGUGGAGAUGCCAACAGCUGGAUGGCAUGCGUGCUCCCUGUCCCGUUU